UGAUCUCUGGAGCAUCUCAUGUUCAACCAGCAUUUUUGUAAAUCUUUAUAAUAAACAUCAGGAGCCAGAAAUUACAUUACAAUUGUUUCAUUAAAAAAAGGGGAAAUAAAUCCUAGGGAACACAAGGUGCUGUAGGGUAUUGAACUGAAUGAAAAAGUCAGUGUGAAACCGGAGGUUUCUGUUUUUUAAACCAGACUCAAGUGCCAUCGACAUUCUCCUAAUAACCGGAUCAGAGCAAUGCCACACCUCCUACCCACAGACGCCUCUUUCAGCUCCAAACAGGAGCUGCUCGACUUCAAUGACAGUCAGGUGAACGAGGCCGGGUUGUCUUUGGAGACACCCAGCCCGGAGGAGCCACCGGAUGUCUCGACGGUCAAUGGAGCUCUGGAUUUGGACUUGCCAAGCCCCACCAUUGACACUUCUCAGACUAAAGUCUUCCACAACGGCAAGCUGGAGAGCCAGCAUGGAGCAGACGACCAUCAUGGAAUCAAAUUCGUGCCUACAGAGACGGAGGAACUCUGUGGAUGGGGUGCCCUGAAGCCCCGCUGUAUCCAGGUGUUCAACACCCCAAAGUGGGUGCUCUUUUUCCUCUGUAUCGCCUCUUUCCUGCAAGGCAUGAUCAUCAACGGCUUCAUCAACACCGUCAUCACCUCCAUCGAGCGCAGGUUCGACCUGCGGAGCUACCAGACUGGACUGGUCGCCAGCUCCUACGACAUUGCCUGCUGCAUCUGCCUCUCCUUCGUCAGCUACUUUGGCGGAACAGGCCACAAGCCCAAGUGGCUGGGCUGGGGGGUGAUGGUGAUCGCGAUUGGGUCCCUAGUGUUUGCCAUGCCUCAUUUUACUACUGAGAGCUACAAAGCGACCAUGUCGGAGCAGACAGGGCUGUGCUCAGCCAAUCAGACAGACCCCUGUAAAGAAAGCACAACCAGCCUCUCUAACUACAUGUUUGUGUUCAUGCUGGGUCAGUUUCUGCAUGGCAUCGGGGCCACCCCUCUCUACACACUGGGGGUGACCUACCUGGACGAGAACGUCAAAUCCAGUUAUGCCCCUGUUUAUAUUGGUAUUUUCUACACAGCUGCUAUUAUUGGGCCAGCUGCUGGCUACUUGCUUGGAGGUGUUUUCCUCAACAUAUUUACAGAAUUCCAUGAAACAACGCUGACCCCGGAGGACCCCAUCUGGGUGGGGGCCUGGUGGAUUGGGUUCCUUGGGGGGGGAGCGGCUGCCUUCCUUGUUGCCAUCCCCAUCCUCGGGUAUCCACGACAGCUGCCAGGCUCUCAGCGUUAUGUGGCUAUGCGAGUUUCAGAAGCUUACCGAAUUAAAGGCGACAGUCAAGAAACAGACCCCCAGUUUGGAAAAUCAGUCAAGGAUAUGCCAAGGUCAAUAUUACUCCUGCUGAAAAACCCCACGUUCAUCUUCCUGUGUUUGGCUGGGGCCACUGAAGCCAAUCUCGUUGCUGGGAUGUCGACGUUCGGACCCAAGUUCCUGGAGUCCCAGUUUAAUCUCAGCGCUUCUGAAGCUGCCACCAUGUUUGGUUACAUGGUGGUGCCAGCAGGGGGAGGGGGCACGUUCAUGGGUGGAUACAUUAUAAAGAAGCUGAAUCUUCGCUGUGGAGGAAUCAUAAAGUUCUGCCUGCUGUGUACGGUGAUUAGUCUGCUGGCCAUAUUCAUAUUCCUCAUCCACUGUCCCAACGUGCCCAUGGCUGGAGUCACAGACCCAUACUUAGGGGGCCCUGCCACUGACGGACCCCUGAACCUCACAGCUUUCUGUAACUCUGAGUGUAACUGCGUCAGAGAGUACUAUAACCCCGUGUGUGGAGACGAUGGCUACAUGUACUACUCCCCCUGCCAUGCAGGGUGCAGCACCGUCAACCACACGCUCACCCAAGCUGGCAAAAAGGUGUAUCUUGACUGCAGCUGUGUGUUCAGGAACCUCUCCUCUUCUGUGCCAGGAGGGGCCGUCUCAGGGAAGUGCAGCUCCUCUUGUCAGCACAUGCCCUUCUUCUUGGUCUUCUUCUUCAUCGUCAUGCUCUUCACUUUACUGAGCAGCAUCCCAGCUCUCACGGCCACCUUGAGGUGCGUUGCAGAUAAACAGAAAUCGUUCGCCCUGGGAAUUCAGUGGAUCAUUGUCCGAGCACUAGGUGCAAUCCCAGGUCCGAUUGCCUUUGGUUCACUCAUUGAUAAAUCUUGCAUGUUGUGGCAAGACCAAUGUGGAGAACAAGGUUCCUGCUAUCUCUACCAGAACUCUGCCAUGGCCGUGUACACCCUGUCAGCCGGGGUCAUAUACAAGGUUUUGGGAUCGAUCUUCUUCUUUAUGGCCGUCAUGCUUUACAAGCCCCCCGAGUCUCCCCCGAGCAGCUCUGGAAACACUGACAGUGGGGAAGCAGGGGAGAGUGACCCCCCGGUAAAGGACAGUCCUCCGGAGAUCCUGUGCACUGUAAAUACCAAGCUGUGAACCCCCUCCUCUCAUUCACCUCCACUCCUCACCCUGCAUGACAUGAGUUGGUGGCGGGCCAUCAUUCCACAAGUACAUAACUGGUGAUACAACUUAACAAUUUAUCCAGGAGAGGUUUUCAACCACACUAUAUGAAAGUCUUUCAAACGUGUUCUACACUGUGUAAAUACAGCACAGUAUUAAAGGGGCUUUAAAACGUUCUCGUUUUUAACGUAUAUACUGUUUAAUACAUACAGUUUUCCUGUUAAUUAGACAUGGAGCUAUUUUGGAAUUUACUUGCUUUAAAUAUGCAUAUAAUAUAUUUAUUUGUGCCCCAGGUUUAGUUUCAUGCUGUUAUUCUGCUAAUACCAAUGCUGUUUAUACCACAUGCACUAAGAAAGUUGAAUUGUAGUUUAUAUUUACUGUGUAAGAAAUCGUUUUACAGGUACGGUUUAUUUUAAAACACACACACACACACACACACAUAUAUAUAGUGCCCUCCAAAAGUUUUCGGACAGUAAAGUCUAAACUGGGAUUUUCACUGUGAACUCUAAUAAUAAUCAUUUCUCCUGAAAAAAAAAACAUAACUGAUAAGUACAACUCCUAAGUGUUUUAUUUUUAAUAAAGUCAAUUCAGUUCUACCCUCUUGGGUCAAACAAAUUGAUAGUGUUGAACCUCUUUAUUUUGAAGGAGCAAAAGUAUUGGGUCAAUUGGCUGACAGGUGUCUCUUGUUGGUCCGGUGUUUGUUGUUUAGUAAUUAGGCACUCAUAAAAUUGCUGUGAACAUCCUAUCAACCUGUCUCUCUUUGACAUCAGUGUUUUGAGUUCGUAGUCAAAACCAAAGAACUUUCUGUUAAAGAAAAGCAGGCAAUUGUGAAGCUGAAAGAAAAGAAAAACUCCAUCAGAACCAUAGCACAGAAAUUGGGCAUACCAAAAUCAACAAUUUGGAAUAUACUGAAGAAGAAAGAAAGCACAGGUAUAAUUACCAAUCAGCCAAGACCGGGUCAGCCAAGAACAACAUCUGCAGUUGAUGACAGAAAAAAUAUCAGAGCUGUCAAGGAAAACCCUAAAACAACUGUCAGUGAAAUCACCAGCAACCUCCAGAGUGCAGGGGUGAAGGUAUCGGGAUCCACAGUUCACAGAAGACUGAGACAGCAGAAGUACAAAGGCUACACUGCAAGAUGUAAACCUCUCAUCAGCACCAAGAACAGAAAAGCCAGAUUAGAAUUUGCUCGGAAGUACAAAGAUGAGCCAGGAGAGGAGCCAACUUUUGGAACAAAGUUUUAUGGACAGAUGAGACCAAGAUAAACCUUUACCAAAGCAAUGGAAAGGUUAAAGUGUGGAGAAAGAAAGGAACUGUAAAUGCUCAAAAGAACACCACCUCAUCUGUGAAGCAUGGUGGAGGUAAUGUCCUGGCCUGGGCAUGCAUGGUCGUCUCUGGAACUGGCUCACUCAUCUUUAUUGAUGAUGUAACUAAUGAUGGCAGCAGCCGAAUGAAUUCUGAAGUUUACAGAAACAUUUUGUCUGCUUAUGUAGAAGAAAAUGCUUCCAUACAUAUUGGGCGGUGCUUCACCAUGCAGCAUGACAAUGACCCAAAACAUACGGCAAACGCAACCAAGGAGUUCAUCAGGAGAAAAAAGUGGAAUAUCUUAGACUGGCCAAGUCAAUCUCCAGAUAUGAAACCAAAACCAAAGCAUCUCAAAUGAUUACACAAAGAGUUUGGUGUGCUCAGUGGGUCGCAGACUUCAUGCAGUUAAUGCCUCAAAGGGAUAUGCAAUCAAAUACUGACUUUUACACCCUGCAAGUUACUUAAUGUGAAAGUGUCCCAAUACUUGAAACAAGUGGGUUGAACACAAAGUAUGUUUUUGUUCUAAUAUGAUUAAAUGUAUGCAUGGAAUUACCCAAAAAUAAAACAUAUAUUAUUGUACUUAUUUGUCAUAUUAAUCUCAUGAUCACAAAUACAAAUUGCUUGACUGUAAAGCAGAAGUAACAGGUUAGACCUCGCUGUCCCAAUACAUUCGGAGGGCACUGUGUGUGUGUGUGUGUGUGUGUGUGUGUGUGUGUGUGUGUGUGUGUGUGUGUGUGUGUGUGUGUGUGUGUGUGUGUGUAUAUGUGUAUGUGUAUGGAUUAUGCAACGUGGACUGGUUUGCCAGUUUGGGGAUUGAAAUUCCUGCAGUUCACCUGCUUUAAUACACUCUGUGGCAAUGUAACACAAUGAAGACUAGUGUUAGGAAGCUGCUUUGUUUUCGAAUGGGCUUGCUCUAGAUGUCCUGUCAUGUGUGAAAAGGUAAUAAGUAUAGAUGCAGUACAAAGAGGUUUCCAGGAAUAAAGACUCCAGUUACUCCAAUAUGCACAGAACAACACCGUCUGACUUUAUAACACUGUUCUCUGGCUGUGUUGACAGGUGUAGAUGCAUUAUAAAUGAACUGCGUGUUGCCCAGUAUGUACAGCACAGAGAACAGUGUUGUGAAUAAAAGAGAAAAGUUCAUGCAAAUUGGUUUGAAGAAUUGGUACUGGUUUGUUUUUGUUUUGUUUUUUGUUUUGGGGGGGGGGGGGGGGGGUUUAGACUAACAGUUCUAUAGAAACACUAUCUUUAAAGACCUCAAAAGUCUCUUCCUCAAUGGAAAUAUAAUGAAACGGAUGCUAUCACUGUCACAUUUGCAUAUCGAAACAAUACAAUUCCGAUCAUACAGAAAAAAGCAUUCCAUUCCUAUGGUAACUGAAUGAAAUCAGUUACCAUGAUGACAGUAGCACUGAGAUGAACUGGGGUAGUAACUGAGCAUCACUAUCAUAGGUUCCAAUGUGAUCGUAAAGUAGGAACAGUUUCCGUUACAUAGUGGGUCAGGUAGCACUUUUCUCUAAACCUCAGAUUCACAGAUUUAGAAUAACAUAUCAUUACAUAUCAUAUCAAUAUCAUGGUAAUACCCAUUUAAAUUCUUUCAAAGAAACCGGAUCAAAAACAGAAGAAAAAUAAAUUGUAUUUAAAACAAUAUGUUGCGUUUAAAAUAAAUGAAAUAAUAUAUUGUGGUAAUUAACCUAUGCAUAGAAAAGAAAACUGCUUAUUUUAACCAAUAAAUGAAACUGUUAUUUUAACUGAAAGACAGAAAUAAGAAUGUGCCAAUAAUGAAGCGGCAUCUCAUUGGCAUAGUUAUAACUAGGGAGUUUGAGAGGGAAAUUCAUGUUUGAUCCACACCAGAUCAGAAAUGUUCAGUGGAGAGUCAUAAUGAGGAGAGCACUGAUGUGUGUUGAACAGAGCUGUGGGUAAAUCACUGCCAACUUAACUUGAGCCACAGAAGAAGAAGCUUGCAUUCAGACAACAGUAUUGCACAUUCAAAUUUUUAUUUUAUAUUAAUUGUAAGAUAUUAAUGUUUUGUACUAAAUGUAAAAUGCUUUACUAUAUGAUUUCUUAUGUGAGUGUUUAAUAAAUGUGACUAAACCAUUGAUGUGUACAA